AUGGCCCUGCAAUUCCUGAUCAACACCAGCUGCGUGAUCAGGAUCUACGCCCAAUGCUGUUCUCACGUCUCCGCGCUCUGGGGUGAUGGCGAGGUCACAUCCUGCCUUGACCCGGUACACCAAACGAAUUACGGCUACUUCCAAUCUGCCUUCAACUCAGUCUCAGACCUCUACCUUACUGCUCUCCCGGCCAUCAUAAUCUGGAGGCUCGAGAUCAAACCUAUGGUAAAAGCCGGCUUGUCGUUCCUCCUCUACCUCAGCUUCUUCGCGUUCAUAGCCUCCGUCGUCAAGACCUGGCAGAUCCGGAUUCUGAACGAACGUGGCGACAUAACCGGGAACUUUGUCGACUUCGUCAUCUGGGCCGCGUUAGAGAUCGACCUCGUGAUCAUCGUAGCCUCCAUCCCGACCAUAAACCGCUCUUCACAAGUCACAAAUGGAGAAGUUCCGUCUACGAUUGCGAACUGCAGAACGGGCCCAGCGGUAACUCGAAAGCAUCUUCGAGGCGGAAUGUGGUCUCGAUGA